AUGUACUCUCGGAUGGCUUGGCUCGAGCAGCUCGUUAUCCUUGUUGAUCGUCGGUCCGCGGUCCGUGUGCCAUGUCUUGACACGCAGUUUUUCUUCGACGAGCCAACGCGCGCCGCGCUGCUCCGGCUGCUCUCGCGGCACGAGCGGCCGCUGCUACUGUGCGCGCCCUCGCUCGCCGUCGCCGCCGAGGCGGCGGGCGCGCCGUACCUGCUCCUCGACCGCGACGACCGCUUCGCCUUCCUGCCGCACUUUCGGCGCUUUGACCUCGACGCGCCCACUGCCGUGGACGGGUACGCGUACGACGCGGUGCUCUGCGACCCACCCUUUGCCAACUUUGACCUCGGACGGCUGCGGCGGGUGCUCGAGGUGCUCGCCGGCGGAGACCCGCUGCGGGCCGCCUCGCCGCUCUACCUCUGCCACAACGAGCGGCGUGAGGCGGCCCUGCGCGACGCCUUUGCCGGCUCGGGGCGGCAGCUGGCGCGCCUCGCGCCGGUCGGCUACUCGUCGGUCAAGGAGAGCACGCAGCGGUCGAUCCGCCUCUACGGGCCGCCGCCCGCGCAGCCGCGCCCCGGCGACCAGGGGGCAGAGGCCGCCGCGGUGGGGGCGCGGGAGCGGCGAGGGCGAGAAUUGAGCACGUGA